CCCCGUCCAUCCCGCCUUCCUCCGGAUAGACAGAUCAGAAGAGAGAGGGAGAGAGGAGCAAGGUGAGCUGGAAGUUCACUAGAGACCCCGCUGAAGGUUCAGCAGGAUCCUGCAGGAUAAUCUGAGAGUCGCAGAGAGGAGAUGGAGAAAUGAAGAGGCAGGAUUCAGGAGGAGAGCUCUGAUCUUACGGAAAUGUGAGGAGAGUCUGAGCAGCGCACUGACAGGAAAAAUGACAGCGGAUAUAAAUGAUAACUAACAGCUUUUCUUCUUUUAUUCUGACCCUCUAACAACCCUGUUCUCCCAGCAGUUCUUCCAAACCCAAUUAACCUUCAACAUUUCACAUCAACACUUAUUAACUGCUCUUCAGCCCUAGAAACUUCUGUCUAAUCCAAAUGGAAGUCUUUGGCUCUGUUUCCCUAUCCUCUUCCCCUUCUCCAUCUUAUACCUUUCCCUUCCUCCCUAACAUUUCCAGCCCUUCCUCCUCUCCUUCACUUUCUCCAUCCCCAAGUGUGGCCUCUACAGCACUAUUUUGCUUCUUUCUCUCGCUCCUUUCCCUGCUGGGCAUUCUCGGAAACCUCUACACUCUGGGACUCUUGAUUCAGCGCCGCAGGGGCCCAAGGAGGAGGCGAAUGGCACCUACCUGCUGUUUGACUCCUGCUUGCCUCAGGUCGUCUUCCCCUUCCCACUGUCCCACCUCCUCUCCCUCCUUCUCCACCUCCUCCUCUCUCCAUCUGCAGGUUUUGAGUCUGGCCUUGGCGGAUCUGCUGUACCUUUCCACCGCACCUUUCAUCGUCUACGACAGCCUGGCGUCUGACUGGGCGUUCGGAGAGCUUGGGUGUCGGCUUCUGCUCAGCCUGGACCUGCUCACCAUGCAUGCCAGCAUCUUCACUCUGACCGCGAUGAGUCUGGACCGAUACCGGGCUGUAGCCGACCCUCUGGCUGCCUCCUCUGCACCUUCCUCAGGCCUGCUUCGUGUGGCUCUAGCCUGGGGCUUUGCUGUGGCUCUCAGCCUACCGAUGAUGAUCACCCUACAUCUUGAAGACGGGGAGAAUCAGGAGGGAAAGCUGUGUGUUCCAGCAUGGGACGAGCAGAGCUCCAAAGCCUACCUCAGUGUGCUGUUCUGCACCAGUAUCCUAGGACCAGGACUAGCCAUUGGGGGUCUAUAUGCAGCCCUAGGGAGGCUCUACUGGGUUUCUCAGACACAGCCAGCCUGGGCUGGAGGUAGCACUGCCUAUCCGACCCGUGCUCCACGGCCCAAAGUUCUGCUCCUCAUCCUGGGUAUUGUGAUUGCAUUCUGGGCCUGUUUUCUUCCAUUCUGGAUCUGGCAGCUGCUACCUCUGUAUCGGCCAGAUGUUCUACGCAUGGUACCUGUAGGGACGCAGGUUACCGUGAACCGGAUCCUGACAGGACUGACGUAUGGUAACUCAUGUGUAAAUCCAUUUUUCUACACACUACUGACAGGAAAGCGGCAGCGGACCAGCAGGCAGACAACGAGCGCAGCCACUCCGCUCUGCCAAAAGGCCAGCUCUACCCAUCAAUGAAAGCACUCUUCAUUUUCCAGUGAUGAAUAAGUACACUCUUCACAGCUCUGCCCACCAAUGCCAGAAUCUCACAUAUCUUCAUUCACUAGUGAGAGUAUACAUCAUGAAAUAAAGGAGCUAUGAACUGAGGUACACUCUUAAAAAUGAUUCUUCAAAAGGCAGCGGUUCUAUGUAGAACAAGGACAACUCCAAGAAUCUAGGAAAUCUGUGGAUUCCUGGUUAAAAGCCUUUUGUAUUAGUUGAACCUUUUUAUAUGGUUCUAUUUAGAACAUAACAUGCAGCACCAUGAAUUUGACUAUCAUUAUAGAUCAAAUAACCUUUUUCAGGACUAUAAAAGAAAACAUUUGCAUAGAAUACAAAGCGGCUCAACAUUACUUCCACUGCAUACAGGCAAAACAUACACUGACCCUGUUUACACCUGAUCACUUUAUGCAUCUUGAAUAUCAGGAUUAUAUCAGGAUUGCAUCUAUUAAUUAACCACAUGAAACUGCAAGUGUAAACACAAAUACAAAUCAUUCAAAUCAAAAGGCAAGACAAGCACAAAAAUUAUAAUCGAAACACCCAAACUACAAUCGAGAGCAAUCAUUUUUGGCAUAAUCACAGGAAGAGGCUAAAUGGUUAAACCAAUGGUUGCCAUUAAAUUGACUAUAAGCAAUUAAGUUUUAGUCUGACUAACCAAAGAUGCAUUUGACUACUGUAAAAUGUGGCUAAAAUCUUAACCUGAAUACAAUCCAGAUAGUAAUCACAUCGCACACUAGUCGCAUGAAGUGCCCAGGUGUAAACAGGGUCUUUGAUAUAAUGGUGUGAGCCUCAUAUUUCGCUGCUGUUGGAACAAAAUCUCUUUUUUUUUUUUUUUUGACAAUUUUGUCAUUUAAAAACACAAGCUGCUCUUCAUAAUACAUGAAAUAUAUUGUGAAGCGUACCUAAAAAGAAGUGGUCCAAAACUACUUAGAAAACAAAUCAAAAAUAAAAUAAUAGAUUAAUAUGCAAACAAAAGUGAACACAUUAUAACUGGAUGUUCCAGGAACCCAACCCAUUCCUAGGAGACUAAUGGAACACUGGUGGUCUAAGGUGCAACAUCUGUUUCAGAAAACACCAAAGAAGUAGCAUUAAAGGAACAACCCAAGUGUCAUGAUUUACAAGCUGCCCAAAGGGAUUUUUACUACAGGUGUGAACCGUUUAAAAACCAAAUUGGUUUAUUAGUGUAAAUGAAGGGGAACACCAUAUAACUGAAUUUGGCUCAAAGCUAAAGGACAAUUCUCAUUGGAAUUUGCUCUUUGAAGAGGAUAAAUCACAAUUAAGCAAACAGUCUUGACUAGUUUGUUUUGUAUAUGUUGUAUACAUGUAUGUGUGGCUGAGCAGUUCUGUACACACAUUUUUUUGUUUAUUAACUGCCAAAAAAGGGGAUUUAAUAACUGUGUGCUACAGUGUUUGAAAGCUGAGUUAUUCAGUAUUGUAAAUUCUAUAACAUACUGUUGGUAAAGUUGGGUAUAAACUUAAUUUUACUAAUUAAUCAAAUCAAGAAUUUGUCAUGAUCUCUUGUCCUCUAGUCCUACUGAUAAUUCUUUCUUGAAUGUGUGGGUGGAAUCGUCCAUUUUGAAAACCUCUCAUUUAUAGAACAUUUAUAUGAUAUAUUUCCCACUUCAAAUCUAUACUGUAUUUAAGAGCUGGAAGCUUCUACUUUAAAGGCACUUUUAUACUUGGCAUUUAAAAAAAAACCCUGACCUGUCGAAGCCUCCGACUUUGAACAGUUAUUUGUCUUUUUUUCUAGUAAGAAUUAUUGUGUUUUUGUUUUGCUUUUUCUAUGCAUUGCUUUGCACGAAAUAUAUUCACAAGCAUUUAUAAACAUGCGGUUGUGGUGUAUAUAAUAAUAUAUAGUCAUGAAUAAAGAUAUGCUUUAUUUACUGAA